GAUGCGGUCCUCGCCCCACCCUUUCGGCGGCUCGUCGUGGCCCCGUCCCCGAGAAGUAUUACGACUGCCUACAGUGCACCGAGCGAUGUCGCCACGCCAUGGGAAACGGAUGCAGGGUGACGGAGAUCGGCGCCAGGUACCUCCAGGUGCGCGCAACGAGUCGCACGAACGGCGGGUCCACCCUGAAGACAACCUCGCUGAAGAUGGAGGAGAGCUUCGCCCUCACCGAGGAGAGCGUCGGACCCGCUCGAGCACCUCGGACCCCAGCGAGGAAGAGGUCCUCCCUGGCGCGGCCCGUCCGCGUCCACGACUCGUUUCCUCGACCCGAGAUCGGCAACACCUACGGCGUGGACAGGAGUCGCCUGGGAUACGGCUGCGAGACCGCCGAGACCGCCUGGCCUAUGAGACCCGGACUGGGUCUCGACGAGGUGCUGGAGCUGGCGCUCCCCCAGCGCAAGGCCGGCUCCAGGAUGGCCAAGGACGGCCAACGCUUCAAGGAUACCGAGAGACUUCUCAAAGUACUCAGCAUCAGUAACGUGGACCAAGAGAUUAGGUACAAUGUCAAACGGUGUUCCGUCAUGUAGCUCCUCCUUUUUACCGUCUACGGUGACCCAUCGGGGAGCACCUUCCCAUUUUUUUCUUCAAGGUUCUGAUUUUCGGCCAAGCCAAACCUGCUUCUUGUCGAUGCAUUAGGCCGAAGGCUGACGGAGUAGCGCCAGUCGGGAUCGACGCGACGUCCCCGGGCAUCGAGACUCGGACUUGGGGUGGCUCCAAUCGGCACCUCGUCUAAAUGGAACGUUGACGUCUAUCCUGAACGAGAUCUUGAGAACUUGCGGGAGAGAGGUCGAAAUUGUCGAGGGUCGGCCCAAAUUCGGCGCUUCGUUUGGUCCAGAAUUUCAUUUGGGUACCGUAGAAAUUAGAGAAACGAGCGCAUCAGGAGACAGGGUAACGAGUCAAGGCGGAAUCGCGCGGAACGACGAAUCGUCCGGGAAUCCUCUCGGGACCACUCCAAGCCCUAUUGGCCUAACGCAAAAGAAGAAACCGUCCCCGAAGAACCGAUAACUCCAUGGAAUCAUGGCCGGAGCUUUCCGGCGCAUUUUCCGUCACUAAUUGGAAUUCCGCGUAACGGUUCCGCGUCGAUCGAGACGUUCCGAUUUUUAUGACGCAUCCUGCAAUCUGACACCAAAAGCUCCAAGUGAUCGCCCCAAGGAUGGGAUUCGACGCGAAGAAGAAAUCGCGGUCGGCAUGAACGUACUCGCCGAAGCUCGGAUAGAAUGCACGUCUAAUCCCAUCCGAAAAUGGACCCGAGAAUGGCAGCUGAUAAUUAUAGGUUUCGUCAAGUACAACACUUCACCGAGCAUUUCUUACUAGAUACUCCGAGUAAACCACCGCUGCUUCUAGCGGAGCAACGUUAAAUUACGAUACCACCCGACUAGGAGUAGGCAUUUGAUGCAAGAUGCAUUUAGGGACUGCAUAGCCCUGAAGUAACUGGACAUCGCCGACGUUUCCUUGCACCACCUUCUUUUCUCGACGGCAAAUUUACGACGACUCGGCUAGGGUUAUCACUUUCGCCUCUUCUUAUCGUUUCGUUACUUUAUCCUCCAGUUUCGCGUCCUUAGUCCCGAUCGCGUUCGGAAGGACGCGACUAGCGUUAAGAAUUACUAAGAGAGAACCUAUUCUAACGUUUAUUAUUCUCAUCAUUACUAUAGAAACCGUAUUGCGAGUGCCCUUCCCUUGUUAAGAAAAAAAAAAAAAAAAAAGAGUGUAUCGGGUUAUUAAGUGUAUACUCCAGGAUAAGCUAUUCCAAGUACCACGCCCAGUAUUUUCAAAGUAUUAACAACGCGAAUCCGUAUCGUUGCGACCGGCUCCACUAGCGAUACAAAAAAGAAACAAAAAAAAAAAA